AUGAUAAGCCUAUUUAUUCUUAACAUUUUAUUAUUCUUGUUAUGUUUCAAUUGUCAAUUACAUAAUCAAUCAUUACAUCAUCAUCAUCAUCAUCAUCGUCAUCAUCCUAGUGAUAGUAUUGAUUAUUAUCGAUUAUGGACAAUAUGGAAAUUACAUUAUUAUCAAUAUUAUAUAAAUAAUAAUAAUAAUAAUAAUAAUAUAAAUGAUUUCAAUAAUUUUACAUUAUGGAAAAUCAAUAUUCAUCAAAUAUUAUUACAUAAUUUAUUAUAUGAUUUAAAAUUAAAAUCAUAUCGUAAAUCAAUAAAUCAAUAUACAAUCAUGAAUUGGAAUGAUUUUUAUAAAAAUAAAAAAAAAUUAUUACAUAAUCAUCAUCAUCAUCAUCAUCAAUAUAAUAGAUUACUAUUUAAGGAUAAAUAUAAAAAUGUCAAUAUAAUAAAUACUAAUACUACUACUACUACUACUAAUAGUAAUAAUAAUAGUAAUUUACCUGAUACGAUUGAUUGGAGAGAGAAUGAUACUGUGACACCAGUAAAAACACAAGACAAUUGUGCAUCUUCAUGGGCGAUUGCCUCAGUCGAAGCGCUUGAAGGUCAAGUUAAAAGAAAAACAGGAAUUCUUACUCCAUUAUCUUCACAACAACUGAUAGAUUGUACUGGAGAUCAUGAAUGUGUGGAGAAUCCAGUAUCUGUAGCAUUUGAUUUUAUAAAAGAGUAUGGUGUAGAAUCUGAAAAAGAUUAUCCUUUUACUGGUAAUGUUGGAAAUUGUUCGUAUAAUUCAUCAAGGAAUAUGACAACUUUAUCCUCUUAUGUACAAGUUAACGAUAAUGAGAUGGAUCUUCAAAAAGCUGUGUAUAAUAUUGGCCCUAUAGCAGUAAGAAUUACUAUGACUCAGGAAUUUCUCACUUACGGAAGUGGAAUAUUAUUAAUAGAUAAUUGUCAAGAUGAAGAACCAUUUGAAACAGUUUUAUUAAUAGGUUAUGGUAUAGAGAAUAAAAUUCCAUAUUGGUUAAUUAAAUUUAGUUUAAGUGAACAAUUCGGUGAUCAUGGUUAUAUGAAAUUAGCUAGAAAUUAUAAUAAUAUGUGUCAUAUUACUAAUUUUGCAUAUUAUCCUGUUAUAUAAUUAAUAUUUUAUACUAUAAUAAUG